ACUGGAAGAGAUGUCAGAAGAUUCAGAAAAGGAAGACUAUUCAGACAGAACAAUCAGUGAUGAAGAUGAAUCAGAUGCAGAUACCUUCAUGAAAUUUGUAAGUGAAGAUAUCCACCAGUGUGCACUUUUAACAGAUACUGUUGGAAUAUCAGCUAGGGAGAUGGGUGCCACGUCUUCGUGAACCACGAGAUUUAUAUGGUGUCUCUUCUUCUGGUCCGCUGAGCCCAACACGGUGGCCACACAACUGUGAGGUCAUUGAUGAAAAAGUCCAGCAUAUUGCCAUCCUAACAGGUGUGAGAUGAUAUGUCACUGUGGCUUUGAUUUACAUUUCCCUGAAGAUUAGUGAUGUUGAUGGUACAAUCCCAAUCAAAAUCCCAAUGGCAUUUUUUACAGAACAACUCUAAAAUUCAGCUGGAACCACAAAAGGCCACAAAUAGGCAAAUCAAUCUUGAGAAAGAAGAACAAAGUUGGACACAUCACACUUUUUUAUUUCUAAAUAUAUUACAAAGAUACAGCAAUCAAAGUAUAGGACUGGUAUAAAGACAGAAAUAUAGGCCAAUGGAACAGAAUAGAGAGCUCAGAAAUAAAUCCACGCAUAUACGGUCAACUGACUUUGACUAGAGUGCCAAGAAUAUACAAUGUGGAAAGGAUAGUCUCUUCAACAAAUGUUGAGAAAAUUAGAUAUCUACCUGCAAAAGAAUGAAAUUGAACCCUUAUCUUACACCUUACCAAACAAUCAACUCAAAAUGCGUUAAAGACUUAAACAUAAGACUUGAAACUGUAAAACUCCUAGAAGAAAACAUAGGGGAAAAGCUUCAUAACAUUUUUCUUGGCAAUGAUAUCAUGGAUAUGAUACCAAAAGCACAAGCAACAAAAGCAAAAAUAGACACAUGGGACUACAUCAAACUAAAAAGCUUCUGCAUAGGAAAAGAAACAGUCAACACUGUGAAAAGACAACUUAUGGAAUGGGAAAAAUAUUUGUAAGCCAUAUAUCUGAUAAGGGGUUAAUCUCGAAAAUGUGUAAGGAAUUUCCACAACUCGAAAGGAAAAAACUAAUAGCUAGAUUAAAAAAUGGACUAAGGACUUGAAUAGACAUUUCUCUAAAGAAGACAUACAAAUGGCCAACAGGUAUAUUUGUUGACUUUUCAUAUAAACUGUCUAAUAAAAUCCUUUGCCCGUUUUGUUGUUGGUUGUACUUUGUGGUUUCUUCUUGAUCUGUAAGUGCUCUCUGUAUAUUCAGGAGCUUGGCUUACUAUGUAAUAUAUGUUGCAUGCUUUUUUUCCUCAGUUUGUCAUUUACCUUUUAUCUUUGUCAUGCAGAAAUUUUUAAUUUUUAUGUAAUCACUUUGUCUAUUGUUUUUCUGUGGCUUCUGGGUUUUGAAAUUUCCAUGUUUCUCUUAACGCUUUUCAAGUUGUAUUUUCUGUGAUUAAAUUUUUUAUCCAUCAGGAAUUCAUUUUGAUGCAAGAAGUGAGCUCUGAAUCCAGUUCUGUUAACUGUCUAUCCAGUUGUUCCAUCAAAAUUAUUAAAUUAUUUUUUGUCUACUGAUUGAAAAUGCCACAAUUAUUAUAUACUAAACUCCUAAGUCUCAUUUUGAAUUCUGCUCCAUUAACCUGUCUAUUUGUAUAUGACUUGAAAACUGUUAUUACUAUAGCCUUAAAACUAUAAAUUUUGUCAUAUGGUAAACAGACCCCCCCCAUCAUCUUUUUUCUUUUAAUUUUCCAAUUUCUUGGCUACUUUUGCCUAACUGUAUUUCAAUAUGGAAUUUAAAAUAAGUUUUUCUACUUGUCCCAAAAUUAAUGCUGGUAACUUUAUUGUGAUCACAUUACAUUUAUAGAUUAAUUUAAGGAAGACUGACAUCUUUACAAUAUUGCGUCUUCCUAUCCAAGAACAAGCCAUAAGGGAUCCAGCCUAAGGAGGACCUCAAAGUAGAGGAUGACAAAGUGGAGAGACAAAGAAACUGUGCCUUAGAUGACCAUGAGCCACUGAUUGUACCAGACCUUGAAUCCACUCUGCUUCUGGAUUUCUAGACAUAUUGGACUCCUUUUUAUCCUGAGCCAGUGUACAUCCCAACAGGCCUGGAGACUGAACCAGUUUAUCCAAACUCCAAGGAAGAUACUGUGGUUUAUCUGGCUGAAGAUGCUUACAAAGAGCCUUGUUUUGUGUAUUCCCGAGUUGGGGGCAACCGAACACCCUUGAAGCAGCCUGUGGAUAACUGUGACAAUACUUUGAUGUUUGAAGCAAGGUUUGAGAGUGGUAAUCUACAGAAGGUAGUCAAAGUGGCAGAAUAUGAAUACCAGUUGACGGUGCGCCCUGACCUCUUCACAAAUAAACACACCCAGUGGUACUAUUUCCAAGUCACUAAUACCCAAGCAGGAAUAGUCUACAGAUUCACCAUUAUCAAUUUCACCAAGCCUGCUAGUCUUUACAAUAGGGGUAUGCGCCCACUGUUUUAUUCUGAAAAAGAGGCCAAGUCUCAUAAUAUUGGCUGGAAGAGAAUAGGAGACCAAAUCAAGUAUUAUAGGAACAAUCAGGGGCAAGAUGGGCGCCAUUAUUUCUCUCUGACAUGGACAUUUCAAUUUCCACACAACAAAGAUACCUGCUACUUUGCUCACUGCUAUCCAUACACAUACACCAACCUGCAAGAAUACCUUUCUAGCAUUAAUAAUGACCCAGUACGCUCAAAGUUUUGUAAAAUACGUGUCUUGUGCCACACGAUUGCUAGGAAUAUGGUGUAUGUUUUAACGAUCACUACACCCUUGAAGAACGACUCAAGAAAGCGAAAGGCCGUAAUUUUGACUGCAAGGGUACAUCCAGGAGAAACCAACAGCUCUUGGAUCAUGAAAGGCUUCCUAGAUUAUAUUUUAGGAGACUCAAGUGAUGCGGAGUUGCUUCGGGACACUUUCAUCUUCAAGGUGGUACCCAUGCUGAAUCCAGAUGGUGUGAUUGUGGGAAAUUAUCGGUGUUCCUUAGCUGGACGGGAUUUAAACCGUAACUAUACAUCUGUCCUAAAGGAAUCAUUUCCUUCUGUUUGGCAUACCCGGAACAUGAUCCGUAGAUUGAUGGAGAAACGAGAGGUUAUUUUAUAUUGUGACCUUCAUGGCCAUAGUAGGAAAGAGAACAUCUUCAUGUAUGGCUGUGAUGGUAGGGAUAGAUGUAAGGCAGUAUACUUACAGCAACGAAUCUUUCCACUUAUGCUGAGCAAAAAUUGUCCAGAUAAAUUUUCAUUCUCAGCUUGCAAGUUUAAAGUUCAGAAGAGCAAAGAGGGAACGGGAAGAGUGGUAAUGUGGAAAAUGGGAAUCAGGAACAGCUUUACCAUGGAGGUCACUUUUUGUGGCUCUACUUUGGGUAAUAAACGAGGCACUCAUUUCAACACAAAAGACUUGGAGUCAAUGGGAUAUCAUUUUUGUGAUUCUCUCUUGGACUAUUGUGAUCCAGACCAAACCAAGUAUUAUCAGUGCCUGAAAGAAUUAGAAGAAAUGGAAAAACGUAUAAACUUGGAAAAAGUCCUUGAAGAUUCAGAUGCUUCUCUGAAAGAAAUUACAUUGGAGCUAGAGUCUAGCAGCCGAGGCUCUGACAGUUCAGAAUCCAGUGACUCUCAGACUUAUCUUCUCAAGUUAACUUCUCAGAUAGAAACCAAGAAAAAACAUCUCAAAACAAAGAAGGAAAGAAAUUCUACCAUAGUAAGCCAUCAAAAUACCAGAAAAGAGCAAGAGUUACGAGACUGCUCUGUCAGCACAGUGAUUGACGGACACAGCAGGGUAGCAGAUCUGUUGUCUGGAGCUGGGUGGUCACAGGUUUGUAAUAAAGGACAUUUAGUGCAAAGACAUAAAGAAUCAAAUUCUGAUGUGAAAGAUACGAGGACAAAUGUAUCAGAUGAUUGUAUAUUUGAAUACUUCAGAAGACAAUUCCCUAAUAAAGCUUUGGAUAUGUGCCACAACUUAAGAAGCAAAAUGAAAGAAUGUACAUCUUUACAAAGAAAAAAGACUGGAGUAAAUUGGACAGAUGAUGAAAAAAGAAUCUACAGGGAUAAAAGAAUAGCUCAAACUCAAGAAAUAUUGCAGUAUUUGCUCCCUAUUGUGGAAAGGACUAAACCCGUGCAAACCACUGAGAUAAAACAGAUAUCCAAUCCAAGAACCAACUUCCAAAUCCAACAUAAACUAAAGCCAGCUACUUACAUAAAUAUAAAGAAAUACAGCACAUCCUGGACACCACCCAGAAAUCCCCCUUUUAUAAGCCAGAGGAAUCUUAUGGUAAGCUCUUCAGAAAGCCUCCAGCCUGUGUCCCAGAGGUCAUUUGAAAGUUUAUCACCUCUCAAAGAGCCCAAGAAAAGGAAAAAACAUCCUCGAAUCAAGGCCACGAAGACUAAAGACAUGAAACCUGUCAGCAGCAAAUGGGAGAUUAUUCCAAGUUUUGAGAAGGAUGCAAAUAUUAUCGAAGACAAGAGUCUUCAAGCUGAAGCAUCCAACCAGCCAAGUUCUAUGCAAAGAGCCCACCAUUUAAGUAAAAAUAAGGAGUAGCAACCAAAUAAGAAUGAUGGCCAACCUACCUUCCAUUUGACAUUCCAAAGGGACAAAUAAUCUAGCUUUAUGCUGCUCUGAAAACUGUGGGUGAAAGCUAACAUAUGCUUACAUAGUAAAAAGAAAAAGAAAGCCCUCCAGAUCCCUCUAUCGCUCUUCCUCCCCGACACAUGCAUAUGUGUGCACUGAACUACAAAUCCUGAGUACCCCAGCUUCUUCAGUGGGAAUAUCUUUCAGAGAUUUAAAAAGAAAUCCAGACACAACAUAGAAAAUUUUAAAUCAUUUAGAUACUUAUAUUUAAUUCUUGCCAAGAUGAAAAAAAAA